AUGCCCGUCAUCACCACCAACGAGCCCGCCUCGGCCGUCGCCGCCGCCCUCAAGGCCGAGGCCAGCGAGUCCAAGCCCGCCUACCUCGUCGUCUACGCCUCGCACCGCAACGGCAAGUCCUGGUGCGGCGACUGCACGGCCGCGGAGCCGUACAUCGAGAAGAAGUUCGCGGGCGCGGAGGAUACCGUCCGGGUCGUGUACGCGGGGUUGCCCGAUGAGUGGAGGACCAAGGAGAACCCGUGGAGACAGGCGCCGUUCAACGUUACGAACUUGCCCACCUUGAUCAAGGUGUCUGGCGAGAAGAAGUGGGAGAAGCUGGUCGAGGCGGACGUCUACGACCAGAAGAAGCUCGAUGCCUUUGUCGGAGGCAACAGCCGUUUGUAA